AUAAUUUUGUUCAAAACCGUGUAUAAAACAAUUGCAUUGGGAAUAUGGGGUAUGCUUCCACUAUUAUUAAUGUGACAAGGAGAAGCAGGCUUGUUAACUACCAUUUCGUUCAUUUCAAUCGCUGUUCGACCCGAGGCUUGCAUCGCUUCCCACAUAGAGGCAGUCCACAUAAACAUCCAGAUGCACACGUUCUCGAUCCUCGCCUAGAGGAUCUGGGAAGUGUUAUUAGGGAUGAAUAUGAGGUGAUACGUGACACUUACGAAACCCCAAAACAUCCCGUUGUUCUUGCGCAUGGCCUGCUGGGAUUUGACGAGCUGCGUCUGGCUGGCCCAUAUCUUCCCGGGGUGCAGUACUGGCGGGGAAUCAAAGAAGCAUUGUCGAUGAAGGGUAUUGAAGUCAUUACGGCGACAGUGCCCCCGUCCGGAUCCAUUGAAGCGCGCGCAGAGGAAUUGGCAAAAGAUAUCGCUAUCGGGGCGCGUGGGAAAAGUGUUAACAUUGUUGCUCAUAGCAUGAGUGGACUUGACUCGAGAUAUAUGGUUAGCCAUUUACGACCAACAGAUUUCAAGGUCUUGUCGCUGACUACCAUUGCAACUCCCCACAGAGGUUCUGCAGUUGCCGAUUAUGCCUUUGAGCAGAUUGGAGCUGAACGUCUGCCUCAGAUAUACUAUGCCCUCGAGCGACUCAAGGUUGAGACUGCAGGCUUUUCACAGUUGACACGCAAGUAUAUGGUGAACACAUUUAACCCGACAACCCCAGAUGUUAAAGAUGUGCGUUACUAUUCAUAUGGAGCAGCAAUGCAGCCGAGCUUCUGGUCUGUCUUCCGCCUAUCUCAUCGAAUCCUCCAAGAAACCGAAGGGUACAACGAUGGGCUGGUCAGCGUUGCCAGCAGUCGAUGGGGAGGAGAACAAGGCUACAAGGGCACAUUAGUCGGAGUGAGCCACUUAGAUCUCAUCAAUUGGAGUAAUCGAUUGAAGAGGCUGGCUGGGGAGAUCACAGGCAACAGGCAAAAGUUCAACGCUAUUGCAUUCUACCUUGACAUUGCGGAUAUGCUGGCCAAGGAAGGUCUUUGAAUUUGCGCAGCAACCGGACCGAAGAAUCUUGAUGCCUAGAGACGACGCUGGAAGAGAGAAUCUACUAUUGAUAUUAAUGACUCCGUGAUACCCAAUAAGAGAAAAGUGAUGAUGACAUCUCCAGACGGCGAUGGAGAAGAGCCGUUGUAUUAACUGCGCAAUAUCCUUGGUUAGAAGACUAUUAUCCCGGUUGUUGACAGUGGCGGUGCCUGCUAGAUGAACCCGAGGGUGGCUUUGCAAACGCCCAGACCAAAAUAGAACCACAUUCACGAACAAAAAGAAUCAGGAAGAAUAAAUAAAAUCGUAUGAUAGACGAGAAAAUAAGAAAUAGUCAAACGGUCAUGUUAAAUCUUAUCCAUAUUCCAGCUGAAAGAAAUACCGAAUGUAACUCCGGACUGUUGAUUCUCCUGCCC